UUUAUUUAUACACAUUUGUAGUACAGAGUCUGUAGGAUAUUAUCACAGAUAUUACACACACUGGAUCACUGGACCUGACCUGCAAGAGCUCAGCCACAUCUUCAACACGCAUCAAUUAAAAGUGAACCUGCGAAAGUAACUUUAUGUCCCCGGUUUAUCAGCUCCUGGAAAUACAAAAAAACCUUUUCUGGUUGAAACACGCACUACAUGAAACGAUUUGUAAAGUUUGAAUACUUCCAUGUAAACUUCCACUCCAGAUUGGAAGGCGGCGGGUGGUUAAACAACAUUGUAAAUGGUGUUGGAUACUGGAGAGCUGUGGCUGCUGUUGAACUGAGGAACCGGUCCGACAUUGGCAAACCCAACACAUCACCACAGACCACCAUCCUCCCAGCUUUAAGAGUUCCAGUAAACUGUCCAAGAACUAUUAACUUGUUGACCUUUGACCCUGACGGAGAUGAGGUUAAAUGCAGAUAUGGAAAAACAACAGAUUCAGAGUGUAACCCCUGCAACCCUCCGUCUGUCCUCAAUGUCUCAUCAUCCUGUUCUCUGACGUUCAGCUCCCCUGUAAGCAGCACCAGUUCUGAACUUCGUUACGCAGUCCAGCUGGUGAUGGAAGAUUUUCCCAGACAGACCAUCACUCUGACUGAAACCAGCGGCUCACAGGAGGUGAAAACUACCAGCGACGCCGUCAGCAAGAUACCUUUACAGUUUGCCUUGAAAGUGAUUCCUGAGGUGCCGUCCUGUACUGAAGGAUCCUAUGUGGCCAGAUUUGUGCCUCCAACCCCAGACAACGGGGCUCAGAAAUUCAUCCAAGUCAAUAAGUUGCUGGAAAUCAACAUCAGAGCAGAAGCAACUCAUUCCAACGUUACUGGACUCCUGUUCAGCGGGCCUCACGGUGUAUCUAAGGGUUCAUCCGGAUCAGGAAGCUUCACCCUGAGAUGGACUCCAUCCGCAGGAGAAAGUGGACAGAGCCACCCCGUCUGUUUUGUUGUCGAGACGAGUUUCAACAGAAGUACCUACCACUCCGACCUCCGAUGUGUCACUGUGACCGUUGGAAACUAUUAUGUUGUGGCUCUCAGAGGAAAGAUCUCAACUACAUUAUCACUGGAGAAUCAUUAUGAGGCUCUUGUCAAGCAGAUAAAGGAUGAACUGACUAGACGAGGGCUGCACACAAGCAUAAACGUGCUCCUCCGCAGGACGGGUUGAUUUAAAUCUUCGUAUCUAUACUUCUGCUGAGUGAUGCAUUUCCUGACAUUGGAAUUUAUUGCUUUUUGUUACAUAUUAUGUUAAUAAUCACAAAUAUUUUAGUUGAUAUAUUUCUGUUGACAACCACUGGAGAAGGAUCGAAUCUCCUUCCCGACGGUUUAGAAAUAAUCUGGUAUAGACCGUGAAUGGAUGGACGGGUUGUUGAACAACUUUUUUGUUAUCGCAAUUAUUUGUGUCCGUUUUAGUUUUUAUAACUAUAAACAACAGAGAAUUAGCAGAUUAUGGCAAGACCGUGAUAUUAAAACCUGGAAAUGAACAGGAAGAAAACACAAACACGUUGAUCAUGACAAACGGUUUGCUGGUAACUCAAAGAUACGAGUCUAGCAUGGCAGGAAGAAACGGCUUGUGGAGAAAUCCUACGACCGCCAAGACCCGACGCCUCUCCAUUUAGGUUGCAUGUUGUUCUUCCAGCCCUGCACACCAACUGAACAUGCAACAAAUGUUGCAAAGUUGGUCUCAAACCCAACUGAGUCUUUGGGACGAUCAGGUGUGAAAACUCCCUAACGGAUUAUUAUUAGGGGAUUAUGGAUCCUUUAUGCCGGCUGCCAUGUUUCUCAUGGAAACUCAAGACAACAGAGCUCAGCUUCAACAUAUGGAAAUCAGCAGCUGUGAUGCUGAUUUCCAUAGGAAGUCUGUCUUGUUUACACAAUCAAAAUUUGCUUAGAAAAACCAUCACAUAGGGUGAGCUUUAAGGAAGCUGAGGCCCGGAGUUUGACCGGAUCUGGUGGUUCAUAAUUCCCAUCCAUAGCAAUUAAAUCUACUUGAGUAACUUCUCUGAAAAUAUUUCCUUUUAGGAGUAUUUUUACUACACUGUACUUUUUACUUUUACUUUAGUAAUUUUACUAUGAAGUAUUUCUACUCUUUAUAUUUCUGGAUUUUCUACCCACUGAAUGAAAAACAAAGACACACACCUGCAGGUUUUGUUAAAGUUUUCUAAGUUUUUUUCUUGAAAAAACAUUUUCUUUUGUCCGAUUUUGUUAUUUGUUGAAUUAUUGUCAUUUUGGUCCUUAAAAUCCAAGAAUGUCCACCUAACUUUAUAUUUGGUCUAUGUGAUGAUGUUAUUUUAAAAUAUUAAUUGAUUGAUAAUUGAUCAGUUGAUUAGACUUCACUCCAAACAUGACAUGGUGUAGAAACAGUGAAGAUGGUUUCAUAAAGCUCUGAAGUUGUUAAAACAUCGACACCCAGCUGUUUGUUGAUGGCUGAAAUUUGCAAUUUCAAUCAGCAAAUAUUUUCUUUAACUCUGUUUUCUAGAAUUUUUAUGUAAAAAUGUUUAUGUUGCAUUGUUUGUUUGUAGGAAAUAAAAAAAGCUUCCAAACUUAAUCAGUGUUAAUGAAAACAGUGAGUGAAAGACACAGUUGGGGGUCUAUUUUUUUUUUUUUUAAAGUCCAGUUGCAUUAAUUGUUCCUUCAUUUUCAAUGUUCACAUCACCGUUUAUAUAAAAAUCUACCACAUUGUUAUUUAAGCUUCUAGAAUAAUAAAAGCUGCUGAAUGUGA